CGAAGAAUAAACAGACUCCGUAGCCAUCUAAUCAAAAUUCUGAGAUAGCUUAGAUACCCUCAUCUGAAUGAGAUGGAAUUGUCUUCCAGAACCAAUUUUUGCUUGCACCUCUCUAAAAUCUACUGAACCAGCCUUCCUCAUGUCGACAAUUGGACAAACUCAAUCGAUGGGGUUUCGUUCCUCCUCCUCCUCUAUCAAUAUUACUCCAUCGGUGAAGCUCUCUUCUUCAGCUCCUCUGUCGACUAACUCUACCGGUGAUGCCGUCUUCUCUCUCCAUUACUUAUACAAGCCUAGAAUGGAAUCUCAGACAGUGAUUGCAGAUGGUGUGUCAAAAUUUGUGGUCAACUCUAAUAGCAGUCUUAUCUAGUGAUUUAUUUACAUUAAAAUAAUAACAUAUAGGUGUUUUUUGUUUUUUUGGGUGAACACAUGUGCUGGUUUCACUGAAAUGGAAUGAUAUUAAGUGUGCUGAUUUUUUGGAUGAAUGUAUCUGUCAUUUUUGGGUGAACAUACGUGAUGUUACUUUUUUAGUAAUAUUUGUUGUAUCAACAGUUCAUAAAAGCUUUUCAUUUGGAAGUGGGAUUUUACCCUCUGUGCAUGUUUAUUCAAGGCAUUUACUCACACAAAAAAAUUCAUGGGCU